AUCAGUUUUAAUUUACGAGGAGCUGUAUGAGGAUAUGUAUGUAGAAAGGUCACUUAUACAAAGCUGCCUCCUAAACCUUAACGAAACAUGGACGCCACGACUUGGAUUGAUAUAACGAUAGUGCUGUUCUCUGUUGUGUGCUUUGUAUCGGCCAAUACUAGGUACGAUGGCUCUAAGAUCCUCAAUGUCUUCAACGAGGAUCAGCAGCUUCUUCAAGAUCUUGCUGAAAACGAAGAAUUGGAUGUGUGGUUCCGAAAUCAAACCAACAUUGAAUUUCUAGUUCAAAAACGGAAGAUGGGAGCGGUGAAGAGAUUCUUGAGGAAACAGGACAUACCCUAUUUGGUCCGGAUCGAUGAUGUCCAAAAUCUUAUAGACAAGGAGAAUAUCUUUCAGAAGAGAAGAUCAGGUUUCAGGUUGAACAAUUACAACAGACUUGAUGGAAUUUACAAAUGGAUGGAUUCUUUGUCGGAUGACUAUCCCGAAAUGGUUUCUAUAGAAACAAUCGGUUACAGUCACGAAGGGCGGGCUCUCAAAGUAGCGAAAGUCUCAUGGGGCGAGCCGGACGCCAAUGCGGUCUUUAUAGAUGCAGGUAUCCACGCCAGAGAGUGGAUCAGCGUUGCUACGGCCAUCUUUAUCCUGGAUAGCCUAGUUACGAACCAGUCGCUGCUCUCGCCUAACAUGAUGAAAUUCGAUUACUACAUUCUUCCUGUGUUGAACCCUGACGGCUACGAGUACUCCCACACCUCGAACCGUCUUUGGAGGAAGAACAGAUCCGGAAGUUGUGGUCAAUGCGUGGGCAUCGAUCUCAACAGGAACUUCGCCGCGAGUUUCGGAGGCAAAGGGACGAGUGAUGACCCAUGCGACGAAAUAUUUACGGGACCUUCCCCGUUUUCUGAGCCGGAAACAAAGGCGUUUUCCGAAUAUAUUAUAAAAAUAAAGAAACUGAGGGUUUACAUAUCAUUUCACAGCUAUGGCCAGUUAAUUCUUCUUCCUUAUAGUUAUGAUAAAAAUGCAUACCCUACAGACUUCGAGGAGAUUAAAGAAAUUGGUAUGAAGGCUAGAGGGGCUAUUCAAAAAUUUAGUGGUACGAAAUACAAAGUUGGCAGACCACCUGACAUUCUUUACGCAGCUUCAGGAGGAUCAGCUGAUUGGGUGAAAGAGACCGCCAAAGUGAAGUUUGCCUACACCUAUGAGCUGAGAGACCUAGGUCAAUAUGGAUUCGUACUCCCAUCAAAACAGAUCAUCACGACUGCAAGGGAAGCAUUCGAGGGUGUGAAGGUUAUGGUAGAAGCUGCAGCUAAGAGCUUUAUCUCACCAAAUACCCGCUCUCAAAGCCGGAGGAGGCACAAUCGAUAGUAGGAUCCCCCCUCCCCUCCCCACAACUCUCAAACAGAG